AUGUGUGAUGAAUUAUUAUUUUCUGUAAGAAAUGCAACGAAUUUAAAAGAAAUUGCGGAUUGCGUUUAUCAGAUUAUCGAAAGAGAUGGAAUAUAUAAUUUUUCCGAAUAUUUAUUGGAUGAAAAAAUUAAUUCUUUGAAAAAUUCGGAAUUUUAUGGAAUUUAUCAAUUGUUAUUAUUAUUUGCAUAUGGUACUUACGGAGAGUUUAUAACGAAUCAGAAUAAUCUGCCAAUGUUAACAGAUCGAAUGAAAUGGAAACUGCGUCAGUUGACUUUUAUUUCUCUUUGUGCUCGCCAAAGGAUUAUCCCGCUAAAGUUAGCAAUGGACGAACUGCACUUGCCGAGAAUCGAAGACUUUGAAAAGUUUUAUAUUAGUUGUAUCGAAGAUGGAAUCAUCAAGGGAUUUUGGGAUGGAGAAGCAGGGGUCAUAACAAUAAAAUGGUGCGAAAAUCGAGAUGUUGCUGAUGCGAGUUUAGAUGCGAUUCAACAGGAUAUUAGGAAACUUAUAAAGCGUUGCGAAACCAUAAAAUUAUAUUUAAUGGAAAAUACAAAAGAAAAUAUAGAAAAGCAAUCGAACACUGGACCAAAUCAAAGUGAAUCAAGGAUGGAUGUCGAAACAUAA